AUGACAGCUGACGUGGCCAGCUUUCCCCGAGCGCGAGGGUCACGCGAGCAGCCAGACCGGCCCCCGAGCCUCGUGCUUCAGAAGCAGCGCGCCUGGCCUCCCUGCCUCGCUCCCGGCCUGCGGGCAGCCGCGAGUGCCGUGUCCACGCGCCUGGCCCCCGGCACCUCGUGCCGCCCCAGGCUGUUGCACGCCCGCUCCCCGCAGGCCCGCUUUGUGCACCGGCGGCCGGGGGCACCCGGCGCCCUCGCCGCCCACGCCCGGCCCCGCACCGUCACCCCGGGAGAAGCCGCCGAGCCCGCGAGCCCCGCUCCUGCAGCCGCCGUCAGCAUGGCCCAGACCCUGGAGGAAGCAGGUACUUUCUUCCCCCCUGGGGCCAACGGGGUUCUGGGUGAGGCCCGCACGGCCUGGACAAGAAAGCUGAGCCCCGAGAAGGUCACGUGGUCGCGAAGCCACACAGUGUGGAAGCGGUGGGGCAGGGGCCGAAGCCAGGUGGGUGCCCUGGGGCCCGGUGCUGCCGCCGGGCGGGGGCAGGGCGGGCCGUCCGCUCUCCGUUCUUCUACCCUCACUCUCCUCUCUCCUUCUCCAGCUAAGACGCCCCAACAAAAUGCUCUGUCAAUCCCCGGGAGCCCCCGCAGUCAGCUCACUGACCGGCAAAAAGAGAUCUACAAGUUCCUAGAAGCCCAAGGGCCCCAGAGAGCCCUGCACAUCGCCAAGGCCCUGGGAAUGGAGACAGCCAAGGACGUCAACCCAGAUUUAUACACUCUGAAAAAACUGCACCUUCUGGACUUGGACCAAAAUUCAAGCAUGUGGGCGGUUUAUCGACCAGGUAGUCUUCACCUGCCCGCACACUCUGCCUGUCCACCUCAUCAGGCCCUUUCAGAAGCCGGACAGUCCGGAGGGACAAAUCAGGCUACCACAAUUAUCGUUCAGAAAAAUCCAGUUAACAUGAUCAGCCAGAAUGCACCGCAGAGUGGCAUCUACAUUCAGAACUGUGCAGACCUCCAGAUUGGACAUGGGAACAUCAUCAUGAAGCCAGAGGCCUCUGCGGGGAGUGGUGCCAUGGCUCCCCCUCACCUCCCUCCACCUCAGAAUCCCACCCCUGGAAUGUGGGGCUCUCAGAACAUCCACCUGGAGAAGUCUGUGCUCAAGCUGGUGCAGCUGGGACACGCCAACCAGAUGAGCGUCCACAGCGCCGAGCCCGAGGACUCCGCCCACAGCCCCCUGGGCAGCCCCCUGGGCAGCCCCCCAGUCUCGGCCACCACUGCCACCCCAGAAGCGUCUUUCAAAUGGCACAUGUCCCAUCCCGGCCCUGCCCCCGAGGGGGCCGUGGAGCAGGAAGUCCACCUCAGCUCGUGCGCCCUCAAGAACGUCAGCAUCGGCAUCAGCAACAGAACCACGAGCGCCCGCGGGGGGCCAGCGGGUCCCCACGCCGCAGGGCCUGGGGGCAGCAACAGGGGCGCUGGAGAGCUGGAAGAGGACCCAGGCCCGCCCUCGGGAGCCUCGCCGCCCAGAGGCACGUCUCGUGGCCAGGCCGACGUACGCACGCCCACGGCCCACCUAGGAGCUCUGACCCUCGAAAGCAAGGCCCUCAGAGCUGCAGAGGGCGGCCAUGGAGAGGACUCCGUCCAGAUGCCGGGUCCCGUGGGGGCCAGCCCCUGGCACCGGGCUCUGCCCCCCACAGACAGCCUCUGUGACCCUCCUGCCCCCGACACGGGGCCAGCGUGA